CUGGGUAGAGUUUUGUAGACUUGGCUUAGGUGGAGCUUGGUGGCGAUGUGAGACCCCGCAGUCCCUCUCUGAGGUGAGCUGAUGCUGCUUUUCCUGCUGGGUUUGUGUUCUGAGGGUUCCUUUGCAAUCCCAAAGGCCAGAAGCUUCACCAUCACAUAUGGGCAAAUGACCCAGCUUUGUGAGCUGAUCAAUAAGAGUGGAGAACUGCUGGCAAAAAACCUUUCCCAUCUGGAUACAGUGCUUGGUGCCCUGGAUGUGCAGGAGCACUCGUUAGGUGUUCUGGCUGUCUUGUUUGUGAAGUUUUCUAUGCCCAGCAUCCCUGACUUCGAAACGUUAUUCUCGCAGGUGCAGCUUUUUAUCAGCACUUGUAAUGGAGAACACAUCAGAUAUGCAACAGACACUUUUGCUGGCCUGUGCCACCAGUUAACAAAUGCCCUUGUGGAGAGAAAACAGCCCCUGCGAGGAAUUAGCAUUCUCAGACAAGCCAUAGACAAGAUGCAGAUGAACACAAACCAGCUGACCUCAAUACACGCAGAUCUUUGCCAGCUCUGUUUGUUAGCAAAAUGCUUUAAACCUGCCCUCCCGUAUCUAGAUGUGGACAUGAUGGAUAUUUGUAAAGAGAAUGGGGCAUAUGAUGCGAAGCACUUUUUAUGUUACUACUACUAUGGUGGGAUGAUAUACACUGGGCUAAAGAACUUUGAAAGAGCACUCUACUUUUAUGAACAGGCAAUAACUACUCCAGCCAUGGCAGUCAGUCAUAUUAUGUUGGAAUCAUAUAAAAAGUAUAUUCUAGUUUCUUUGAUACUACUUGGCAAAGUUCAGCAGCUACCAAAAUACACUUCCCAGAUAGUUGGUAGAUUCAUUAAGCCCCUUAGCAAUGCUUACCAUGAACUAGCACAAGUUUAUUCAACCAAUAAACCCUCGGAGCUUCGAAACCUGGUGAACAAACACAGUGAAACAUUCACAAGGGAUAACAAUAUGGGGCUGGUGAAGCAAUGCUUGUCAUCUCUCUACAAAAAGAAUAUUCAGAGGCUAACCAAGACGUUUUUAACAUUGUCAUUACAAGACAUGGCAAGUCGAGUGCAGUUGUCGGGGCCCCAAGAAGCAGAAAAAUACGUCCUCCACAUGAUAGAAGAUGGUGAAAUCUUUGCAAGUAUUAAUCAGAAAGAUGGUAUGGUUUGUUUCCAUGAUAAUCCUGAAAAAUAUAACAAUCCAGCUAUGCUCCAUAACAUUGAUCAGGAGAUGCUGAAAUGUAUAGAGCUUGAUGAACGACUGAAAGCCAUGGAUCAAGAGAUCACUGUGAACCCUCAGUUUGUGCAGAAGAGUAUGGGCUCUCAAGAGGAUGACUCAGGGACCAAACCAUCCAGUUAUUCUUGAAAUUAAUGUUGCUCACCACUCCGCUUUCAAGUAAAAACUUAUGAAAGAAUCACGCCUGGAACAGGGCAUUGAGGAGUUCCACGAAGAGAGCAGAGAGAACUGAGCUUUGCUUUUCACCUGGACAUUAAGAAAAUAAAAGAACACCCUCUCAGUACUGUAUAAUAUCAGAAAUAUUCUCUGCAAAGAAAAAGGAAAUCUCAAAAAGAAACGUAAAAGUCUGUUGUGGAUUUAUUUAUCUUCAGAUUAACAUCGUUAAUGCAUUAAAUAAUCUACCUUUUGUUUUAAAGGGUUUGAAUGUUGCUGUGUUUCUGUAGCAGUCCUUUAUUUCCCUUCUGCAAAAGAAAAGUGUUAUUCAGGGAAGAAUACAAAUUAGUGUUGGUUCACAUCCAAGAUAAUUACUCGUUCUUUACUCUGUAUUUAAAGUUGGCUCAAAGUGCAGAUAUAUCAUAUGUAUGGUGGGGGAGAGGGCUGGAGUUUCAGUCUCUACAUGAUGAUUUGCCUAUGCCCGGUGUAGCUGGCUGCUGUCUAAUGAACUAAGACCUGUGUUCUUCCCAAAAGGAUGAGCAUAUUGAUGAGUCCUUGUGAGGUGGUUGUGCUGAAAAACCCAAAUCACUGCAGGGAAUCCAGACAUCACAGCUAUUGAUGAUGUAAGUUUCUGGUACAGAAUAUAUCAUCAUAAUAUUUCCUCUUAGAUCUAACUUAUUAGACCUAAACAAAAGGAUGUUUGGAAGAGCUCACUGUUCUGGAGGGUUCUAGAUAGGAAGUUGUUUAUGAUGAAAGACAUUUAAAUUGUUGUUUCUAACCAAUUGGCAUGAAGGUAUUCAACAGGCUGGAAGUCGGUUCAAGAGAAGGUGAUGCUGUAGAUCUUUGUUUCCAAAGAAAAUAAUUCUCCAUGGAACAUAAAUAGAAUUAUUCUUUAGAGCUCUCAAAAGUCAGGAUUUUAUUGAGGAAAUAACAUUCUGGGAUCCUACCUGGGUUUUUAUUCACUAUUUUAAACAUAAAAACUUGGUUGUUGGAGUACUUUAAGUGCUUUACCCCCUUAAAUCAACCCCUUUAAUUAUCUGUAGUUCUCAUGUAUCUGAUGAUCUCGCUGUUCAAACACCUUUGACACACUUCAUGUAGGUGCAAAUCUCCUACUAUCAGGCAUAAAUAAACCUGUCAUCAAGUCAGAACGUGAGAAGCUCAGCACCCAGUGCUUCCUACUGCAAUGCCUGACUAAGAGCUGCUUGCUGCUGUUAACCUGCCAGCUUUGUUUCAGGUGCUGAAGCAGGAGCUGAGCUUUUCUGGCUGCUGCCGUGUGAAACUUGUAUGUAUUGAGGUCACCUGUGGUUGAAAAUAGUCCAUUUGUGCUUCCGCUGGGAUUUUCUCUUGGAAUUGGUGUCUUAAUUCCAGCAGAGCCUCUGUGGCAGCGAGUGCUUUCUAGUAGAAGGGAUAUGUCCCCAGGUGGUUGUCUGGGUGGUGAAAGAUGUCUUUAAAAGUCUAAAAUAGCAGUUUAGUAUCAAACACAGCAUAGUCCUUAGUGUUAGCAGCUCAUCACUGAGUACUGGUGCUUCCUAUCAUAGACACUUCCAUGCUUGAAGGCAACUUUUACACCUGAUUGUAAAGCAACAUCUUAGGUUUUUUCAUCACUUGCCUUACUGGUUUUGUCACUAAAGAUAUUUAUUGGUUUUGAAGGUGUGUUUUUCCUGGUUAAUCCUGCAGUGACUUCAGUGCUGAACAUACUUAUGCAAUUCUCCUCUCUGGUACCAUGGAAGUGUUAAAUUAGGGAUUACUAAUGCUGCGGGCUUGAAGCACAGAGCUGGCUUGUCAAAGUGUUCACAACUGUGUGUGGCAGCCAUCAAAAGGGCUGCAAAUGACUAACCCCAAACUACCACCUAUACAAGAAUGUGGAUGGCUUGUCUUUCAUUGCCAAGGGCUCAAUGUGACAACCAGAAAUGUCCGUGUCACAGCGACUGAGCUUUUAUACCACCAGUUCUUAGUGAGCAUGGACUUAAAAGCUGAGAGCUGCAGGAUGGCUUUGGAGCCAUGGAAUUAGAAACAAACUAAUAGAUGCAGCUGGCAAAUAGCAGCUACGUUUUCUCUUCUUUUUAGUCUUGCCUAAAGUAACUAAAAUAAAUCCAUGCUCACAUCAAAA